AUGUCGUUCCUUGGUGGUGCGGAAUGCUCCACGGCGGGAAACCCCCUCACUCAAUUCACAAAGCACGUCCAAGAUGAUAAGUCACUACAGCGCGACCGACUGGUCGGCCGCGGGCCGGGCAUGCAAGAAGGCAUGCGAUCACGAAACAUGAUGGGCGGACAAGACCAAAUGAUGGACGACUUCAUGCAGCAACCAGGACAACAAUUAAACGGCCCUCCACCGCAGCCAUUUGCCAUGGAGCACAUGCGCCGCGAGCUGGACAACUUCCAGACAGCGCCAGCCCGCACAGGAUCGCCCGGGUGGGCAGCGGAGUUCGACUCCGGCGAGCAGGCUCGCAUGGAAGCUGCCUUCCCAGGACAGAUGAACAACGGGUCUGGAUUCUCGCCGGCUGAAUUCUCCCGCUUCCAGCAGCAGAACCGGAUGGGUAUGCCUCAGACGUCCAGCCCGGCUACCUCGACCACGCCUAUGAUGUCUGGCUAUCAGCGGCCGAUGGGCAUGGGUGGUGGAUACAUGGGGAUGGGAGGUAUGGGCAUGAUGCAGCCUAUGAUGGGUGGGCAGAUGGGCAUGCAGCAGGGACCUAUGGAGGGUCAGACGCAGGAUAAGGGAAAGGGCCGGAUGGUCGAGCUCGAUGAUGAGAAUUGGGAGGCGCAGUUUGCUGAGAUGGAGACUGCUGGCAAUGAGACUCGGACGGAUGACGAGGCUAAUGCGGCAAUGGAGGCGGAGCUGAACGAUUUGGACAGGUCAGUGCCCCAUGAUGACGCCUUUGAGUCCGUUUGGGAACGAGUUCAGGCUGAGACAGCGACGAGCAGGAAACUUGCCGAAGAGAAUGAGUUCGAGGUUACUGAUAACGUGCACGUUGGCGAUUUGGGUGACUGGGAGGGCUUUGACAGUCUGAACUCUCGCUUCCGGGAUCCUCAGCUUGGUGACUAUAUGUUCGAGGAAGACAAUGUCUACCAGGCUGUGGGUAAUCCGUUCGAGGAGGGUAUGAAGAUCAUGCGCGAGGGCGGUAACCUGUCCCUUGCAGCACUGGCAUUUGAGGCUGCAGUCCAGAAAGACCCGCAGCAUGUGCACGCUUGGACGAUGCUGGGGUCUGCGCAGGCGCAGAAUGAGAAGGAAUUGCCGGCUAUUCGUGCUUUGGAGCAGGCUUUGAAGGUUGACCCUGGGAACUUGGAUGCCUUGAUGGGUCUUGCUGUCUCGUACACCAACGAGGGUUACGACUCGACUGCUUACCGCACACUCGAGCGUUGGCUGUCAAACAAAUACCCGACUAUCAUCGACCCGAAGGAGGUAUCUGGUGAUUCCGAUCUCGGCUUCACAGACCGCCAGCUCCUGCAUGACCGAGUAACAGAGCUCUUCAUCCAAGCAGCCCAGCUCUCUCCCUCAGGUGCCCAGAUGGACCCCGACGUCCAAGUCGGCCUGGGUGUGCUAUUCUACUGCGCCGAGGAAUACGAAAAGGCCGUGGACUGCUUCUCCGCAGCCCUUGCAUCCACGGAAUCUGGCAGCACAAAUCAACAAGAACAGCUGCACCUCCUCUGGAACCGCCUUGGUGCCACCCUUGCCAACUCCGGCCGCUCCGAGGAAGCCAUCGAAGCCUACGAACAGGCCCUCAACAUUAACCCCAACUUUGUCCGCGCCCGCUACAAUCUCGGUGUAUCCUGUAUCAACAUCGGCUGCUAUCCCGAAGCCGCUCAGCACCUCCUCGGCGCAUUGUCCAUGCACCGCGUCGUCGAGCAGGAGGGCCGUGAACGUGCACGUGAGAUCAUCAACGACGGCGUUCACCCCGAUGGUCUAGACGACGAGCGUCUCGAGCGCAUGCUGCAUAUCAGUCAGAAUCAGAGCACUAAUCUUUACGAUACGCUGCGCCGGGUCUUCAGCCAGAUGGGCCGGAGAGACCUGGCUGACCAGGUUGUCGCCGGUAUGGACGUGAACAUCUUCCGUAAGGAGUUUGAAUUCUAG